UAUAUAUUUUUUUUAACUUUCCCAUUACCGUAUAUCUACCGUAUUAAUUCCUAAUGCUUCUUCCAACUUUCGAAAAAUUCGAACCCUUCCGGAGGUGUUCCCUCGCGGCCACCCAUCCCUCUAGUGACCACGCUCAGCGCUGCUUAGGCUUUCCAAAGCUGAGCCGGCCCACCACCGCCGUUUUUUUUUUAAAGAAUGUUUAUUUAGACCAAGUUGAAGAAUUACAGGUAUUAUGUCGCAGUGGACAUGUUAUUUCCGUAUAAACAAACAAAUAAGAACGGAAUUAUAUUUUUUUAUAAGUAAUUAAGAGAUAUUAUAUGAACACAGUUGUGUUGCUCGUAAUAAUCAUAUGACGGAAUUUGUGCUGUGCACUAUAUUAUUGAAUAUUCAUUCAGGUUUGUUGUUUAGAGUCAUCAAACAAAUCUUUUUCAUAUCAUGUUAAAUUAACAUUAGAAAAUUGGUCAGUAAAAACUGGUGGCUUAUCACCGCGGUGCGGCCCCGCAGAGCAAUCUUCGUUAUAUUUUGCAGGAUUAUCUCGUCGAUGGGUCGUGUUUUUGGGAGGAAUUGCCCCAAGACCUUUUUUAUUAUGGAAAAUCGAAUUUUCUAGAGAGUUUGCUUGAAUUAUUUCAGAAGGUGCUCACUCUCGAGUUGAUCACAAAAAACAAAAACAAAAUUCUCUACCACUUUAUUGCUGUUUAACUCCCGUUCAGUACACGAGACUCAAAAAAGAAUUUUUCUCCAAGAAACGAUGGGAAGUAUGGGGAAAUGUGACAAGGAAAACUGGAGUCCCGAGGUCGUUUCUAAGAGCAAAGCAACAAUGUCGAGGAGCAGAAACGUAGACGAUGCAAUGAAUGAAAUUCUUUUGGAGAAAAUGAGAGGAUGCUUGCCGAAGAUUCAGGAAAAUACCGAGACCAUCAGAACUACAUUGGCAAAAUUCCACGCCCGUGCUACAUCUUCUGAUCGUAAAAUCCGUGAAAAAGUUUUGGGGAUACUCUGGUCUAAAGAGGCAGGAGCUGUUGAAAUGUUCAUAAUUUUAUUAGAGGCGUCGAAAGAUAACGUGGCGUGUUGUAGCAUCCUCGGAAUUCUCCACGAAUGCAUAUCUCCUCGUUUAACGAAAGUCAAAGCCAAAGGAGCCAAGAAUAAGAAUUCAAUGAAGGCUUUCAGCAGAGCUACCAUCAAUCAAUUAAUUUCCAGUGGUGGAACUCAAGUAUUGAUUAAGUUAUUAAUGAACUCCCAGUACACUGACAGUCUGAUGUGCGAAGUUCUGACGCAAGAGGUGUUAUGGAUCUUGGGACAAAUUGCUCAGAAAGAUCAGAAGUUUGUGACCAAAGUCAAACUGCUCAGUGCCACCAAAGUGUUUUGUACGUUGCUCAAGGCGCAUUACAACGACGCUAGAAUGCUGCUACCGUUACUGUUGAUCUUCAAGAGUUUCUCGAAAAACACGUCAACUGUUCAGACACUUGUUAAGGAAGGUAUUGCUGCCAUUUUUGAGAAAACAUUUGUGUGCAUCGGCUAUACACCUCACUUGAAGUUAAAAAUUCUGUUGGAGAGUUUCAAGCAUUUCACACUGAACAGACUCUUCUGUGCCAAAUUCGUCAAAGUGGGUAUGGUCCACCUUCUCAUGCGUAUAUUCGACAGAUGGGACAGAUACGACGGCUCACUAAGAUUAAAAAUUGCCAACUGCGCUCUCUACACCCUCUACCACUUGUGUUCAAUAAAAACAGGUAGAAGAGCCAUCAAAGCUAACAACGGAUUACAACUUCUAUAUCGAUUCUGUAUAAAUUGUCCGGAGGACAGAGCCUAUGAUUUUCUUCUCUCCAGGGUGUGUGGGAUAAUAAAUCAGUGCCUUGAAAAAAAAGAACUGCCUGUACCUGAAAAGUCACCGGCUAGAUUCGAUCUGCCAACGACCAACGGAAGCCACGUCAGCAACGUGGACAGCUGCAGCGACGCUGACAGCCCCGCGAAUAGCGUUCACUCCCUUGGCGGAAUUUGCAGCGAUUUAGAUUCUGGUGAAGAUGACGAUGACUGUCCCUCUGGCAAUGACAAUAAAAAAUUCGAAGAAGUUAGCGAAGUGGACGAGGGGCAGUUUUUCGCUGGAGUAGUGACAUCCCAAAGAACAGUCGACGAUCUUCUAAUUUAUAACAAUCACUUCAAGGAAUUGGAGAAUAUCCAGACCCAAAUAAAAAGCGAGGGUGCGUUCACAGCACCUCCCGAGAAAAUACGACCGCUGAGGGCCAGACGAGAUUCCGGAAAAUCAGCAAAAAUCGACUUCGGACCGAGUCAACACGCAAGAAAGCUCAAGGCCCUCCAAAUCGACGAGAAUACAGAUCCCAGGACCGCCUAUUGCAUGAUAGCGAGCAAAAUUAGGAGCAUAAUUCCGUUCGUAAAAGUCGCAUAUCCUGAUUUGGUCAAUAGUGGAGGUCGCGGUCUGCCUGAGCCCCUGAACGACAAAGACCGCAAGGUUUGUCGCGCCAAACUCCUGACAAAUGUUGACCGCAGUCUGCGCCCGAGUUCAAUCAGUCCCGAGACGAUAUUUGAUCUCGACACAUUGGUAAAUACACCUCAGUCUGGAAACGCCGAGAAAAAAAUCCUGAAUAACGUCGACGAACACAGAGUUGGGUAUGCAAAUCUCGAGACAAAGAGUCUGCAGUUCGAGUCCCGCUUUGAGAGCGGUAAUUUGAGGAGAGCCGUGCAAAUUGGGACGAGAGAAUACGAUUUAAUUUUGUCGCCGGAUGUCAACAGCGGAUCUAGACACCAGUGGUUUUACUUCGAAGUAUUCAAUAUGGAGGCUAACAUUCCUUACACCUUUAAUAUCGUAAACUGCGAAAAGGCAAAUUCGCAGUUCAACUUCGGCAUGAAGCCGAUCAUGUUCAGUGUUAUUGAGGCGCAAUUGGGAAGAGCCGGGUGGGUCAGGACGGGAAGUGAUAUAUGUUACUACAGGAAUUCGUACAGGAGACCGGGCAGGGGAAAGAAUUACAUGACAACCUCGUUCACUGUCAAUUUUCCGCAUUCGCACGAUGUCUGUUAUCUCGCGUAUCAUUUCCCGUUUACGUACAGUGGAUUGUUGUGGCACAUUUGGAGGUGGCGGAAGAAUUCUUCCAAGGGCUCGAUCCACUUCAAUGCUGAUGUUUUAUGUGAUACCCUUAAUGAAAAUGAGUGCCCUGUACUCACGAUUACCUCGCCGAAUUCCAGGGGAUGUCCGAUCAACAACAGGAAAAUGAUCUUCAUAACUUCCCGAGUGCAUCCGGGGGAGAGUAACGCAUCUUGGGUGAUGCAUGGAACCCUGGAAACUCUCCUCGACAAUUCCACCUACAUGAGAAGUCUUCGGAACGACUACAUUUUCAAAAUAGUUCCGAUGCUCAACAUCGAAGGUGUCAUCAAUGGAUGCAACCGGUAUGGACUUACUAACGAGGAUCUUAACCGUCGCUGGAGCAACCCCAACCGGGCGCUACACCCUGUAAUAUACCACACAAAGGGUCUUAUGGAGUACUGCGUCAGGGUGUUACUGAGGCCACCUCACGUUUUCGUGGAUUACCACGGGCACUCGAGAAGGAAAAACGUAUUCCUCUUUGGUUGCUCAAGGUCAGGAUCGUGGAGUGCAGCUGAUCGUGCACUCUCGACAACCGAUCAACCCGUUCAAUAUCUAAUGCUUCCACGACUCAUGCAGAAAACAUCGGCUGCCUUUGCUCUGCCGUUGUGUUCAUUCAAGGUCGAAAGGAACAAGGAAUCCACGGCCAGGGUCGCCAUAUGGCGCCAACUCGGCGUUACAAGAAGUUACACUAUGGAAAGCAGCUUCUGUGGGUGUGAUCAGGGUGCCCUUGCAGGUUUACAUCUUGAUACUGGUCAUCUGAAGAAUGUGGGGAAAGAUUUUUGCGUCGCACUCGCGAAAAUGAAGGAUAAUGACGAGGCUUGGACCACUGAUGAGAACUCUGAGGAUUUUGAGGUGAUAUCACAAUCCUGCUGUCCGCUUAAUUGCAUAAUGGAGAAACGUAAGCGCCCAAAGUGCAUUCAGGAUAAACACGCGAUUCAGCACACAUUCAGGGGUUGGUAAAGACGAGAAUUGCUCACACGCAUUCAUAACGCUUGAGUUUAAUAACAUUUUUCAUGAACUACCAGCUUCGUAAUCCCAGAAAAGCGUUGCAAAAUUAACAUCUAUCUCUUACCAAUUUUCAUUAAUUGCAACUACACUUAAUUUUUGGUAUUUUUACAGUAUAAUUAUGAGCGAAGAGACCGCGCUGCAAGAGAGGGAUUCGGAUACAGAAUCGUCAUUGAGCUCUGAAUCAGAGGAUUCAACAUCGGAUAU